UCCGAACCUGUGUGUUCUAUUGCCCUGUUCCGGACGAAUGCACGAAUGAGUUUGGGAGGGACUGUAGCGAGGACCGUGCCGGCGUCCUUGCGUUGGAAGGCAUUAGUUCGGUAUAUGCCAGCAUUGAAGCAUAUUGUAUGAACCACCAUGCCCAGAAACUUAUUCCACUAUCAGCGGGCGCAUGCUGCCUGGAAUGUGAAGACAGUGGUCAAAUUUCUGCCCCUUGCAUACCAGGCUUUCUACAAGGAGUGGCAGUUGGAGCGACCCAAGCCAGUGCAUUACGUGCCUGAGCCAGGCCGGUGGAAAAAGAAUCCCGAAACGGGGCAAAUCCAGAGGGUGGAGAACGUGCCGAUUCCGCUGCGCUUUCCCAAGGAGGCACACCAGGGCCUGUGGGGCGGGGAGGGCGUUAUUAAGGGCUACCAGAACCGCGGCCGCAACGCCAGCCUGGUGCCGCACUGGUGGGUGCCCAGCCUGCACCGCACCGUCCUCUACAGCGAAGUUCUCGACCGGAGGCUCGACCUGGUGGUGACGCAGCGCGCGCUCCAGCUCGUGCACGACCACUAUGGUCUCGACAUGUACCUGCUUCAGACCCGGGCGUGCGACAUCGUAUCGCUGCUGGGCCUUAAGAUCAAGCGUGAGAUCCUGCUGGCGCUGGCGCGGGGCACGCUCUGGCCAGACAACCCGGAGAAGCGGCAGGAGCUGCUCGAGAAGUACAAGCAGUUCAUCGUGCCGGAGGAGGAGGUAGAGUGGUACGGUUUGACUGUGGGAGAGGCCAUCAAGAAGCUUCGGCAGGCGCAGGCGGCGGCCGGGCCACCGCCGCCGCUGAAGCACCAAUACCGCUCGGAGCUGCUGGAGCGGCUUCAGGCUAUUCAGGUCGAACAGGCCACCCCCACAGAUAGCGAGUCUGGUGCCAGUUCCUGGCUGACGAAGAUGAACCCGUUCGGCGGCGACAAGCCUGUCGAGAAGACGUAACCCCGCCACGGACGGACGCUGGCUAGCGAGUGUAACGCGUAUCUUGUUUAUUAGCCUAGUAUGCAAUACAAACGUGCGAUUGUGA